AUGAUUGUUUUACCAAACACACCACCAUUACCGACUCAAUUGACCAAUCCAACAAAUUUAUCUAGUGAAAUUAUAACUCAAAGAGCGUCCUUAUUGGUACCUCAAUUAUCAUCAUACAAUGAAUCUAUAAGAUAUGUUUUAAGUUUAGAAGAAUAUUUAAAAUUACUAAUCAAACAUUCACAAACAAUGGGUUUAUCAAAUACAAUAAUUAGUACAAAUAUACCGUGGAGUAAUGUUAGUCAUGCAAAUUCAAAAACCAAUAUUUUCAAAAAUAAAAAUUCAAAAUCAUUUUCAUGGAGUUUACUUAAUGAAAUAAUUUUAACAUUAAUUUCAAUUUCACUUAUAUAUAACAGAAUUGCUUCACAUUUAAUUAACGAGACAAUAGAUAAAGAAAUUGAACCACCUGAAAAACCAGAAGAUUAUAAUGAAAAUUGGAAAACAAUAACAAAACUUUAUAAAAAUUCAAUAUCAAUAAUGUUAUAUGCUGAAAUUUUACAAUCAGAAAACUCCACAAGCUUAAAUGAAGGUAGUGUUGAAAUUAAUCCAAUGUUAAUUUCAUUUGUUAAAAAAAUAAGUGAUAUAUCUAUACAAAUGUCAAUAUUAUCAAAAUUUUUAUGGAUAAAUAGAUAUUUAAUGAAUAAAAAUCAAGAUAUAAAAACAGAAAAUAAUAUAACAUUAACAAAAGUUGCAAUUUAUUGUAUGAAUGAAUUAAAUAUAAUUUUAAAUAUUUUAAAUGAUUUUCAAACUUCUUUUAAAAUUUCAUCAGAAAGCAAAAUUGGUAUAAUAAAUUUAAAUUAUACAGAUUGGGAUGAAUAUUUAAAUAUUUUUAAAAAAUAUACAAAUUCAUAUGCUGGAUUUUUCCUAGCUUUACAAAAUUAUAAAGAAAAUAAAUUAGGCAAUGCAUUAGGAUUAAUUCAAUAUAGUUUAAUUUCAUUACAAAGUAAAACAAAUCUUGAACCACAAUCAUCAUUAUUAAAUAAAAAAAUAACAUUACAAAAAUUCAAGAAUAAAUUAAAUUCAAGAAAAAAUGAUGCUAUUUUAUCAAAUUUAAAUUCAAUUUCAACAUUAAAUUUAAAUAAAUCUUCAUUUAAUGAUAAAUCAGGUAUAAUAUUAAAUGAUUUAUCAUAUUUAUAUGAUCAAUUAAUAAAAUUAAAUAUAAAAUUUUUAUCAGAAAAUAAUACUUUACAAUUUGAUAAUAUUAUUCAUUGGUCAUCAAUUGAAAAAGAUUCAAAAUGGCCAAUUGGUUGUAAAAUUCCGAUUUCAAAAAUUGAACCUUAUAAUCCAUUGAAUAAUGAUGAUAAUUUUGAAAAUAUUAAUAAUGGUAAUAAUGAAUACGCUGGUCGUGGAGCUUAUUAUUAA